GUUCCAGCUGCGUGCAGUGCCAACGACGUCAACACCAAGAAUUUACGAGCUUGCGCCUGAAUAGCUUCGUAUUUCUGCUUCACCACGCAGCAGAAUAGAGCAGGACAGGCCAGAUUGCAAACAUGUCGCACAUGACCAAUUCCCUCGCGACGGUUGACCAGCUGUACAAAUACAAAUCAUUGUCAGCUCUGCCUCAAGAUCUGCAGGACACCAUCUUCUACCAAGUCCAGCUCCUGACACAAGCUGCUGGGCUUCUUCUCCGACUGCCGCAAUCUGUUACCGCACAUGCCAAUGUUCUUGCUGCGCGCUACAUGGUAGUUGACACAUCUUCCUCGAUCUCCUACGAACCAAGCCACGUAUCCGCGGCCGCUCUGUUCCUCGUCGCAAAACUUGGCGCACAUCCGGUACCACCUCGAGACCUGAGCAACGUGUACGCUUACCUACUGUCUUCGAGCUCGCCAUUACUCCGACAAGCCACGUCCGAUAAACAUUCACCGAACGAGCCAUCUUCAUACUAUCUCUCCGAGACGGCCUAUACCCGCUUCCACGACCAGAUCUUAACGGUUGAGUCACGGAUUCUAGCCGCCUUGUCGUUUGACACACACGUAGCGCUACCUCACCCGCUGGCUAUAACAUAUCUGCAAGCACUAGACUUCAUGGCACAGCCCAGGAACAAGAUCUCAACGAGGACAGUAGAGUACCUGAAUACAGCCCUGUUUAGCCCUCAGUGUUUAUACUUGACGCAUCAACCGAAUCAGCUGGCAGUGGCGGCCAUCUACAACGCCGCAAAAGAUCUUGGUGCAAAGAUGCCGGAGUGUGCCUGGUGGGAGGUGUUCGAUGUGGAUCGAGAAGACCUUGGAUUUCUGGUGGUGGGCAUGCGAAGCGUGGAAGGCUGGGUGAGGAAAACAGAAGGUGACGUUGAAGGUUUUGGACGGAGAGGAGUAAUCACAAGGAAAGACAUCGACAGCGAACUGAAAAAAAGAGGGUUAAGUAGUGUGAAUAAUGGUCCGGUAGGGAAAGGACUCGACGAAGAAGAUCUUAUGAUGAGGAGUAUGGAUGAGAUGGCCGUCCAAAUGGGGACAUGAGGAUUCUGAAAACUUCCUGAAUUAUUAAUAUAUACUGCGAUGCUGCCAUGAGCAAAGCCUUCGA